GAAGGAGAGGAUGUUAUCCUGAGUGACGGAAAUGAUGGGACUCCAAAACUAGCCAGCAAUGUUGUGCUUUGGUUGUUCAACAAGGAAACGAUAGCUCAGAAACGGAAUGGCAGUACACUGUACCACAGAUUCAAUAAGUUAGACCUGGAUGUGACCACUGGAUCACUCACCAUCCAUAACAUCUCAGUCAGGGAUUCUGGACACUAUCGGAGAAUGGAUUUUAAUCCCUUUUAUCAGGGAAGACAACAACUGAAUGUGACUGGUCGAUCAGUCAAUGGAACAGAUCCAGGUAUCGGAGGGACGAUCACAUUGUGUGCUGGUUUCAAUAAAGUACCAAAAUAUUCCAUCAUCAUUUGGGAUUUCGUCUCAGAAUCGACUCAGCGUAUCGCUGAGUGUCUGCGUCUCCCUGGGAGGAGCAAUAUAAGAUACAGUGGAGACACAAACCUGCGGCUAAAUCUGAACCGAAUAAACGCCUCACUCACCAUCACCGACCUCAAGACCACAGAUUCUGGAACUUAUCUUAAUACAGUACUGAACAAGGCUGUAACCAGAGACUUUCAGCUCAGAGUGUUGGCUCCUGUUUCCAAACCACACAUUAGAAAACUUGGAAAGUCUAGUGGCGUUUGUUGGGUGCAGUGCACAGUGAAGAAUGGGGAAGGGGUGAACUUGUCGUGGUACAGAGGGAACAAAAGAAUCUCCAACACCAGCAGUUCAGACAUCAAAAUCAACCUCACACUGCCUCUGAAUAUAUCUGAAUAUAUCAGCACUUACCGCUGUGUGGCCUCAAAUCCAGCAGGAAAUCUGACUGUACAGUUUAACAAAGAUGCUCUCUGUACAGGUUCUUCUGUCACACACGUCUUCUGGCUGGUGAUUGCAAUUGUGAUUCUUUUGUUUGUUGGGAUUAUUUUGUUUGGUAAAUUCCUUAAAAAACAAAAAUACUGUGUACUGUAAGUAAGCAUCACAAACUAGUCCCUUUUAUGUCUGUUUUUCUAUUCCUGACUUUUCCAGUGCCAGAUCUGUAAUGGCAUGAGCACCCCUGCAAACUCUAAUAUAUUAUUUCUAAAAAGAGUGGUCUGGUGGUAGGUUUGUUGCAUGUAGUUACUCUGUACUUUUUUGACAGUAUUUCAUAUAUAAACUAAAUGAACAAAACAAUGUGGUAAACACACAGCAAUUUAUUUAUCAACCUGCAUUAAAAAUACAUUAAACUAUAGAA